CUCUGCCGUGACGAAACAUCUUCCGAACAUUCAACAAAGAAAAGGGUGUCAAGAAAAGAAACAUAUCCAUUUCCUUGGAAGAAUAGCUUUGUAGUUAUUACUUAUUACACUCCACUACCAAUAAACAAGCAAAAAUACCAAUAUUACUGUUCAUACCUAUACCUAUACAUACACGUACACGUAUCUAUAGAGCUUCAAGGCUACUAAUUCUUCUUACGGAAUUCUCUAAUCUUGUUUGCAUUCAACAAUAAGCUUUGUUUAAUCUGUCUACGUCAAGUCACAAUUUUGUUCUUAAUCUUGCAAUGGCUUCUAUAACACCCAUCUCACAGUCCCAGCCCUUAUUCAAGAAACCUCAAUUCACAAUCUUGAACAAACCUAAACCUCAGUUUUUGUCAAUACCCACUAUGAGUUUUUCUCAUAGGAAGACAAGGAUGGUGGUGGUUUCCGCCACUGUAGCUGCUGAGACGUCCAAGAAGAGGUGUCCUGGAGAGGCUAAGGGGUUUGUGGAGGAGAUGAGAUUUGUGGCUAUGAAAUUGCACACAAGGGACCAGGCUAAGGAAGGAGAAAAGGAGCCUGAGGGUAAGCCCCUGGGCAAAUGGGAGCCUAGUGUUGAAGGGUACUUGAAAUUCUUGGUGGACAGUAAAUUGGUUUAUGAUACCCUGGAGACAAUUAUGGACAAAGCUGCUUUUCCUGAAUAUGCAGAAUUUAGAAACACGGGAUUAGAGAGGUCGGAAAGUCUUGCAAAAGAUUUGGAAUGGUUUAAGACGCAAGGUUAUGCCAUCCCAGAACCAUCUUCUCCUGGUGUUAGCUAUGCUCAGUAUCUGGAAGAACUAUCCGAAAAGGAUCCUCAAGCACUCAUUUGCCACUUCUAUAACAUAUACUUUGCCCAUACAGCUGGUGGGAGAAUGAUUGGGAAGAAGGUAGCAGAAAAGCUCCUUAACAAGGAGGAGUUGGAAUUCUAUAAAUGGGAUGGAAACUUAUCCGAACUGUUGCAAAAUGUUCGGGAGAAGCUCAACCGGGUUGCUGAAAUGUGGGAAUUUGCUCAGAACUGGACGAGGGAGGAGAAGAAUCAUUGCCUAGAAGAAACUGAGAAAUCGUUCAAGCUUUCUGGGGAUAUCCUUCGUUUGAUAUUGUCAUGAUGCUCAAAGUGUCAGCUUCCCCGUGCAAUCGAUGUCAUUAAGUGUAACCACCGUUAAUAUUCCACACAUUUCCCAUUUCUGUUAUUUCAAGGUUCAUUUUUCUUUACACAUUGUACUCUAAAACAUACACUGUGUUGCUACAACAGUCUGAAGAAAGAUUCCUAUACACGUGCAAUAUUGUGCAAAUAAAGCUAUUAGUUCCCCCCUUCUCGAUGCA